UUUACAACUUCCUGUUGGGGAGGUGGCCUCGUUUACAAAUCAAAGUUAGCACGUUAGAAGCAUUUUCUAAAAUAUGGAUGACUUACCUGCGAACGUCAGGGAUUUUCUGAACAACCACCCCUUUUUUCAGCUAACAGAUGACAAAAAGAUCAAAUGUACUCUGAAUAACCACGAGAUUCCCUGCAACCUGACGGAGCUACAGAAUUUCAUCCAGGGAAAGAAAUACAAAAGACUGAGUGCUGCUGCAGAGUUCAGCUACAUGCAGUAUGAACCACACAUUGUUCCAAGCACAAAGCAACCCAAUCAUCUCUUCUGUAAACUGACCCUGAGGCAUCUCAACCGGCAGCCAGAUCAUGUCUUGAGACACGUCAACGGGAAACGCUUCAAGAAAGCCCUUUCAAAAUAUGAGGACUGUGUUCAAAAAGGAGUCGAAUAUGUUCCGGCCCGACUGAAACAGAAAAGGCCCAAAGAUUUAAGCGAAGACAUGAGUCAGGGGAAGGAAUCGAAGCGAUCGACCGGCGUGUGGGAACCCUCCAGCAGCGACGACGACGAGCACAGCGACUCAGAAGACAGCCUGAGUGACCUCUAUCCACCGUCCAUGUUCACUUUAAAAGAUACGGCAGCUGAAAGCAAAAACGGCGGAGAGGAUGAGGAGGGCGAUGACUUUCAAACAGACGAAGAUGAGAAAAUGGAGGUGGACGCACAGGUGGUGCAGAAACGAAAAAAGGUCCAGGGGGGUGGAUUUCAAAAGAAAUUUAGAAAUAACCGGUGGAAAUCAGGACGCAAAAAGUGUGCAAAAGCAAAAAACGGAAAGUCAAAAGCACUGGCACAAUAAUAUAUUACUUUUAUAUCUGGGUAACUGGAUUCUGACACCCAGCUUAGAGUGUUAUUUCUGUCUGAACGUCCAGCAGCAAAGAGAAAACCUUUUAUGUUGGAUUGUUCCUCCACAGAUGAUUAUGAAAUGAGCCCGUGUGACAAAUAGAGGUGUGUAUUCUUGUUCAUGCUCUUGUAUAAAAUACAUCUUUAUUUGGAUUUUGCGAAUAUUGUUUGUCUUUUUUUAUUUGAGUCAUUACAAACAUUAUUUCUGCAAGAGCCAUUAAAACAAAUACUGUGUAUUUGGAUGCUUGGUGUUUGUAUCUCUUUUAGUAUAACGUUUGGAUAAAAAAGGUAUUCCAAGUUCACAUUUUUGACAUAAAGCAGUUUUACUUUAAAUACACUUACUCUUUUUUAAAUAAACGUAGCACAAAAAAUGAA